CCAUUUCGGGUUAGUAUUAGCCACAGCAGCUAGCCGCCUCUGGCUGCAGUUUGUACAGGUCUGUCGCUGUGUUUCUGUGAGUGUUUGAUGAGGUUGAAAAGCGGGGGAAAUGUGGUCCUUUUUCGCCAGGGAUCCUGUCAAAGACUUCGCUUAUGAAAUUCUCCCAGAAAGCCCGGAGAAGUCGGGAAUAUGGACUCUGCAUCGGGGGAAGAGAAAGACAUCAGGAGAUCCGGUGUCGGUGUUUGUCUACGAGGUGGCUCAGGGAACAGAGCAGCAGACCCAGCUAGCCAAGGCGGCUUUCAAGAGGAUGAAGACCCUGCGCCAUCCUAACAUUCUGGCAUAUGUUGAUGGACUAGAGACAGAUAAGAGCCUAUAUGUGGUCACUGAGCAGGUGACUCCUCUCUCAGUUCACCUGAAGGUCCAGGCAGAGAAAGGGGGCGCCGGAGAGCUGGAGAUCUCCUGGGGCCUCCACCAGAUAGUGAAAGCUCUGAGUUUUCUGGUCAACGACUGCCAUCUGCUCCACAACAACCUGGGUAUCUGGGCGGUUUUUGUGGAUCGAGCCGGAGAGUGGAAGCUCGGCGCCCUCGACCACUUGGCGCCCGAGCAGGGCGACCCGAGCGGCGUGUCCCUCCCCACGCCGAAGGCUGUUUACCCGGACAUGGAGAAGUACGACCCGCCGGAGAUGUCCAACAGCAGCGGGGAGAAAUGGGCAGGGGAGGUGUGGCGACUGGGAUGUUUGAUAUGGGAGGUUUUUAACGGACCUCUCCCUCGGACAUCAUCCCUCCGAUCUCUGGGAAAAAUUCCCAAGUCGCUGGUGCCCCACUACUGUGAGCUGGUCGGGGCGAAUCCCCGGGCUCGACCGAACCCGGCCCGCUUCCUCCAGAACUGCAGGGCUCCCGGAGGUUUCCUCUGCAACAGCUUCGUGGAAAGUAACCUCUUCCUGGAGGAGAUCCAGAUCAAGGACCCAGCUGAGAAGCAGCAGUUUUUUCAGGACCUGAAUGAUCAUCUAGACUCUUUUCCCGAAGACUUCUGUAAACAUAAAGUCCUUCCUCAGCUGCUCACCGCCUUCGAGUUCGGAAACGCGGGCGCCAUCAUCCUCACGCCGCUCUUUAAGGUGGGGAAGUUCUUGUCAGCAGAAGAAUACCAACAGAAAAUCAUUCCUGUCAUAGUGAAGAUGUUUUCCUCCACAGACCGAGCGAUGAGGAUACGACUUCUACAGCAGAUGGAGCAGUUCAUUCAGUAUCUGAACGAGGCGGCGGUUAACUCCCAGAUUUUCCCUCACGUCGUCCACGGCUUCACGGACACCAACCCCGCCAUCAGAGAGCAGACGGUUAAGUCGAUGUUGCUGCUGGCGCCCAAACUGAACGAGACCAACCUGAACCAGGAGCUCAUGCGUCACUUCGCCCGGCUGCAGGCCAGAGACGAGCAGGGCCCGAUCCGCUGCAACACCACCGUGUGCUUGGGCAAAAUCGCCUCCUACCUCAACGCCGGGACCCGGCAGAGAAUCCUGGUCUCUGCGUUUUCUCGAGCCACUAAAGACCCGUUUCCUGCUUCGCGUUCUGCCGGCGUGCUUGGCUUCGCAGCAACACACAACUACUACAGUGUUUCAGAGAUCGCCGCCCGCAUCCUGCCCACGCUCUGCGCCGUCACUGUGGAUCCUGAUAAGGGCGUCAGGGAGCAGGCGUUCAAAGCCAUCAAGAGCUUCCUCACCAAGCUGGAGACGGUUUCUGAAGAUCCAAACAAGCUGGCUGAGAUCGAGAAGGAUGUGGGAUCGAGCGCUCAGCCUGCAGGAGCUUCGUCCAGCUGGGCCGGCUGGGCCGUGACCGGCGUCUCCUCGCUCACCUCCAAGCUGAUCCGCAACAACCCAGGAGCCGAGGGCAGCGCCGCAGCCGAGGGCAGCGGGCCGUCCAGCGGGCCGUCCAGCGGAACCAGCCCCACCAGCGCCACUGAUGGAGCAUCAGCCUUAAGCAAAGAUGCAGAAGAUAAAACCCAACAGUCCUCCUUGUCUCACCGCGGAGCGUCUGAUCGGACCAACCAGUCGCCGACGCCUGGAGCAACAGACAACGAUGAAGAGCAAAUCGGGGACCGCUGCGACGAUGAAGAGGACUGGGGCAGCUUAGAGGAACCGGAAAAAGCUCAGACUGAUGACUGGAACACCGACUGGUCUGGAGCUGCAUCAGCCAAAAAGAAAGCCACUGAUAGAGGAGCUGGACGAUCGUCCGCCUCCAUGGCGAUGAAAAAGCAAAGCUCUGACUGGAGCAGCUCCGGCUGGGACGCCGACGACAGCUGGUCCAACGAGAAGGAAGGCCAGGGUCAGAGUUCAGCGGGCGAGGAGGGCUGGGGCAACGACUGGGGGGAGGAGGAGACGGACGUGACGUCAGGCAACCUGCCGCUGCCUGAUGGCGUCCGGCUCGCCAGCGAGUACAACUGGGACAGCAGCUCCGGGAACGGCGCCACGCAGAACGACCUGUUCGCCAGCGUGUCUCAGAGAAACACGGCUGCUGCCACGACUGGAGCCGGCUGGAGCUCAGAGACGACCGGAGACUGGGGCACCGAGAGCUGGGAGUCGGUCGAAGGAGGCCAGAAUCUCAGCAAGGUGGAGCUGUCGAAGAAGAAACGAGAGGAAAGGAGGAAAGAGUUGGAGGCCAAGCGGGCGGAACGGAAAGCUGCUAAAGGUCCUCUGAAACUCGGAGCACGCAAGCUGGACUGAUUCUGGUCGAACAGGAGGGCUGGGACACGGAGUCCAGCAGUGGACAGAGUUUCUACUAGCAGCCAGUAAAGAAAACUGAACAGUUCCUUUAACAAAGAAGACUUGGAUGCUGGAACAAAGGAGGAUUUUCUGUCUUUUCUCUUUAAAAGACUGAUGGGAGUUAAGGUAAAGACGGAAAUGUGAUGGGAAAUCCAAAGAGACUUAAAGCAGGAUGCAUUAGCAAAAUGAAUCAUUGAGUUGCUGUUGUACAGUAAAUGUAUAUACCCUGUGCAUCAUGUGUUAAAUUACUUCUUUUUUUUUUAAGAGAGAGAUACGUAUAACAUACAGAACGUCCUGUAAGGUUUCACUGAUUGUCUUUCAGUGCGUUCUGUAGUCACACACAUGGAUAUGACUGUUUUUAGUUCAUCUGUUCCAGAUUUUAGACUGAAAAUCAGACCAUGCAUGCACCUGUGGCCUAACAACAAUCUCCAUUGCAACAGAUUACAUUCGUGUCUUCACUUUGCACAUAUAGCACUGUAUUUACUCUGUGAGAGCGGGCACAGCUGACUGGCUGCAGGCAUGUCAGUGAAGCCUUUUUUUGGAGCGAUAAUGAAUCAGCGUGAGCAAAUACAAAAGCAGAAAGAUGUUAAUUUAUAGUAGAAACUGUUUACAUUUUUCCCCGUCUAAUGGAGGAUUUAAGAUUCCAGCAGGGGUCGCUGCAGACACAAAAGGAAAGUUGCGUCUGUAGUAGUUUGGUCAGGAUGAAAUGUACAUGUUGUACUGCUGUGCCUUUUUAUUUGGCUGCAGAUCUACUCUAAUAAUAAACUCCCAAAACCGAAAUCUUCACCAUCAAACACUUUGGCUCCUCAACUUCUGAACUUUAGCGCACUCUGUUUUUCACUCGUACUUUCAUUGUAGCCUUUUAUCUUCCGUUUCUGUCACGGUUUGUACUGAUUACAAAUCCUUGAAGCCAGGGACAGAGUCAGUUGCAAGACGCUAAUCUGUAAGAAGCGGUGUGGUUUUGGUCUGAAGAGGGUCGCCGGUCAAGUCAUGGUGCAUGUGUGCUAUUCCAAAAUAAAAACAAAUACUCAAAAAUUA